AUGAGUCAAUUGCGUAGUGAUAUAUUAAGCAAGCGAAACCAUAAUGAAGUCGAAAAAACUAAACAACAAUAUAAACAAAUUCAUAUUGCAACUCCUAUUCAACCUUUCAAUGAUAAUAAAGAUAUGAUACAAAAAGAAUUAAUAGAAUCUUUUUUACUUAUUAGCGAUAAUGAAGCAAAUAGUCCCAACAAUUCAGUUCAAUUAAUCAAAACAACUAAUGAAGAUAUAAUCGAAACAAUUAAUGAAGAUAUAAUUAAAACAACUAAUAAAGAUAUGAUCAAAAUAAUCAAUAAAGAUGUAGUCAAUGAUAUUGAAGAAUAUUGGUCGCAUAUGAUUGAAAGUUUGAUUAGUACAUUAAAUAAUGAGAAUCGUCUAGAUAAUAAUGAAAUUAUAGAUAGUCAAUUACUUGAAUUUGAAUUGGGUGGAUGCAUUAUCCAUCUGGUAGAUAAUCCAUUAGAAAAAUGGAGUUUAUUGAAAUUAUUCAAUGAUUUAUUAGAAGCUUCUGUUUCUUUUGUUCCUUAA